CGUCUCCUACGAACUGGAGUUCUUACACGUUUGAUUUCGAUUCAAACGCUAAUAGAAAUCAGUCUGUAAUAUUUGCGAUUUUCUCAUUGAGUUGAAAUCUGCUUUGUUUUGCUCAGACGUCCUUUUCACAUGGCAUUUAUAGAACAUCAUCGAGAGGGAGGACUAAAAUGGCGAUUACGAGGGGCGGUUUAUGUAUUUAUGUUGCAGCUUAUUUUUCUUCUUCAAACGGAGGGACAGAUCCGAUAUUCGAUCCCAGAGGAGAUGAAGAAAGGGUCCCUUGUUGGUAACAUCGCACAAGACCUGGGUUUGGAUUUAAAAAGGCUUCGUUCUGGUCGGGCCCGCAUCGUGACCGGAGAGAGCAUCCAGUACACCGAGCUGAAGACAGACAAAGGGACCUUGGUCGUGAAUGAGCGAAUAGACCGAGAGCAGCUUUGUGGUGACGUGACACCGUGUAGCUUUACCUUUGAGAUUUUACUGGAAAGCCCCAUGGAGCUGCACCCUGUGACCAUAGAGAUUCAAGACCAGAACGACAACCACCCUCAGGUUCUGUACCCAGUCCAGACUGGUGGCUCUCUGGUGGCAGAACUGGUGCCUCGUUCAGCGGAUGUGGGCUAUCUGGUCACUAAAGUGGUGGCUGUGGAUAUGGACUCUGGACAGAAUGCCUGGCUCUCCUAUAAACUGCAGAAAGCCACAGACAGGGCGUUGUUUGAAGUGGGCUCACAGAAUGGAGAAAUAAGAACUAUCCGUCAAGUCACUGAUAAAGACGCAGUGAAACAAAGACUGAGUGUUAUAGUGGAGGACAACGGGCAGCCCUCUCGUUCAGCUACAGUCGUUGUUAACGUGGCGGUGGCGGACAGCUUCCCGGAAGUGCUGUCGGAGUUCACUGACUUUACGCACGACAAGGAGUACAACGACAACCUGACUUUUUACUUAGUGCUGGCUCUGGCUGUAGUUUCCUUCCUCUUCAUCACGUGUGUAGUGGUUAUUAUCUCAGUGAAAAUCUACAGAUGGAGACAGUCUCGCGUCCUGUAUCACUCCAAUCUCCCUGUGAUUCCAUAUUAUCCACCACGUUACUCAGACACUUUGGGGACAGGGACUCUCCAGCACGUGUACAAUUACGAGGUGUGCAGGACGACUGACUCCAGAAAGAGUGACUCUAAAUUCGGCGGAGCUGGUAGUCAGAACGUGCUGAUAAUGGACCCCAGUGCUACAGGGACGAUGCAGCGGAUACAGAAUGAAAAGAGCAUCCUGGAUGAACCAGACUCUCCUCUAGAGAACCAUGGACAGCACGACACUGUCCAUGACCCGAUAUAA